CAAUGGUUCAUAACUCAAACCACAUUAUUUCAAUACUUCUUAUACAACUCAAAAUCACUCUAAAAAAUGGCAACUACAUCAACUUCUUUUCUGUUCUCUUCUCCACUUCUUCCUUCACCAUUUUCACCAAAAAGAAGAUCAUCAUUAUCAUCAUCAUCAUCACGAGCUUCGAGCAUGACUACGUUGGCAAUGGGUAGAGAAGCCCGGGAUCGAAACUACUACAACGGUCGUAUUGUAGACGAGAACUUAAUUAUUCUACGUAAAAGAAUUCACGAGAUGAAGAUGAUUGAGAGGAAUUACGAGCCUCCAGCUGAAUGGAUGAACUGGGAAAAAAGUCUCUACACGAAUUAUGACUCGAAUAUUUGCCAAGCAAUGGGAUUGUUGCAAUCCCAAUUGAUGGAUACAAGACCAAGUUUGGUUUUGGGCAUGGUUGCACUUAUUGGAUUAAGUGUACCAACUUCAACUAUUGUGCUCUUGUUUCAUUUGAUUGAGUUAACUAAAGCGAUUUUAGCUGGAUCACAUAUUUCUUGAAAACGUUUAUCCCGUAACGGUCCAGACUCAACUGUCAAGUUAUUGUUCGUUCUGGCCCCACUUUUGAGAUCUCAUGAUUCUGUUCCCUUGAGAUUUUAACCCAAAACGCGGCGUCUUGAUAGUUGAAUUACUAAUCUCACCUUAUAUGACGCCUACUUACCUGUUAUUGCUUCAGAUUUUAUUUCUUCUGGAUUUGUAUUAGUCUUUCCAAGAAGAAGAUUUAAGAUUUUUAUUUAUUUAUAUAUUUAAAUGUAGAACACAAAAACUAAUUAAUCUAUUCUUUUCAUUCUUUGUUCA